AUGAAGGAAUGGAAAUCAAAGAUGGAAAUUUCUGAAGAAAAGAUGUCAUCGAGGACUGCAUCUGAAAAACUCCAAAGACAGAUGAUCCAGGAAAGUGAAUUAGUUGAAACCAGUAAUUCUGAGGACAGAUUAUUAAAGCACUGGGUAAACCCUUUAACGGAUGCAGUGAGACAUCUCCCUUCCCAAGAGAGAGAUAUUAGUGAAAUGCAUAUUAUCCCUGAGAAAGCCAUUGUGGGAGAGAUUGGCCAUGGAUGUAAUGAAGGAGAAAAAAUACUUCGUACAGGAAAAAGCUCCCAUAGAUAUGACGUCUGUGGCCAAAACUUCAAACAGAAGUCAGGAUUAACUGAACAUCAGAAAAUCUGUAGUAUAAAUAAGACGUAUGAAUGUAAGGAAUGUGGAAAAACCUUAAGCAGGAGCUCAAACCUGAUCAUACAUCAGAUAAUUCAUACAGGAAAUAAACCAGACAUGUGUAAUGAAUGUGGGAAAGACUCUAAUCAAAGUUCAAAUCUUAUUAUACAUCAGAGAAUUCAUAAAGGAAAGAAAACUUAUAUAUGUCAUGAAUGUGGAAAAGACCUUAAUCAGAGCUCUAAUCUGGUCAGACAUAAGAAAAUUUACAGUGGUGAGAAUACCUAUGAGUGUAAAGAGUGUGGGAAGGCUUUUAAGGGAAGCUCAAACCUCAUCCUACACCAGAGAAUCCACAGUGGGGGGAAGCCAUAUUUAUGCCAUAAAUGUGGGAGGGCCUUCAGUCAAAGCUCAGAUCUUACUAUACAUCACAGAAUUCACACCGAAGAUAAACCCUAUGAAUGUUAUGAUUGUGGACAGAUGUUCCGUCAAAGUUCACACCUUGUCACACAUCAGAGAAUUCAUACUGGAGAGAAACCCUUCAAGUGUAAUGAAUGUGAAAAGGCCUUUAGGCAGCAUUCUUGUCUUACUGAACACCAGAGACUCCACAGUGGAGAGAAACCCUAUGAAUGUCACAAAUGUGGGAAGACCUUCAGUGGGCACACAGCCAUUCUUAAACAUCAGAGACUACAUGCUGGAGAGAAACUUAAAGAAUGUGAAAAAACCUUCAGCAAGGAUGAGGAGCUUAGGGAAGAGCUGAAAAUCCACCAGGAAGAGAAAGCUUAUUGGUGUAAUCAGUGUGGUAGGCAUUUCCAGGGCAGCUCAGACCUCAACAGACAUCAGGUAACUCAUACAGAAGAGAAACCAUAUGAAUGUAAAGAAUGUGGGAAAACUUUCAUUCAGAGCUCAGACCUUAUGAGACACCAUAGAAUUCACAGUGGAGAAAAACCUUGUGUAUGUAGCCAAUGUAGGAAAUCUUUUAGGGGCAGCUCAGAUCUUAUUAGACACCAUUGCGUUCAUACUGGAGAGAAACCCUAUGAAUGUAGUGAAUGUGGGAAAGCCUUUAGCCAGAGGUCACAUCUUGUUACACACCAGAAAAUCCAUACUGGAAAGAAGCCCUAUCAGUGCACUGAAUGUGACAAAGCCUUCAGGCGCCAUUCCCUCCUUAUUCAACAUCAGAGAAUUCAUAGUGGUGAGAAACCCUAUGAAUGUAAGGAAUGUGGGAAACUCUUCAUUUGGUAUACAGCUUUCCUCAAACAUCAGAGACUGCAUGCUGGAGAGAAACCUGAAUGUGAGAAAAUCUCCAGCCAGGAUGAGGAGCUUAGGGAAGAGCAGAGAAUUCACCAGGAAGAGAAAGCUUAUUGGUGUAAUCAGUGUGGUAGGAAUUUCCAGGGCAGCUCAGACCUCAUCAGACAUCAGGUAACUCAUACAGGAGAGAAACCAUAUGAAUGUAAAGAAUGUGGGAAAACUUUCAAUCAGAGCUCAGACCUUCUGAGACAUCAUAGAAUUCACAGUGGAGAAAAACCUUAUAUGUGCAACAAAUGCGGGAAAUCUUUUAGGGGCAGCUCGGAUCUUAUUAAACACCAUCGUGUUCAUACUGGAGAGAAACCCUAUGAAUGUAGCGAAUGUGGGAAAGCCUUCAGCCAGAGGUCACACCUUGCUACACACAAGAAAAUCCAUACUGGAGAGAAGCCUUAUCAGUGCAAUGAAUGUGGGAAUGCCUUCAGGCGGCAUUCCCUCCUUACUCAACAUCAGAGAAUUCAUAGUGGUGAGAAGCCCUAUGAAUGUAAGGAAUGUGAGAAACUCUUCAUGUGGCGUACAGGUUUCCUCAAACAUCAGAGACUGCAUGCUAGAGAGAAACUGGAAGAAUGUGAGAAAACUUUCAGUAAGGAUGAGGAGCUUAGGGAAGAGCCGAGAAUUCACCAGGAAGAGAAAGCUUAUUGGUGUAAUCAGUGUGGUAGGACCUUCCAGGACAGCUCAAACCUCAUCAGACAUCAGGUAACUCAUACAAGAGAGAAACAAUAUGAAUGUAAAGAAUGUGGGAAAACUCAAUCAGAGCUCAGACCUUGUAAGACAUCAUAG